UUCUCCGCUUGUACUUUAACACCAACCACUUCCUCUCAAGUAAUGGCGUCCCUGUGAGAAAGUCCUGUAGCAAACAUUGGACUUGUUUUCUGAAAACUAACUAAUAGAGACACUCAUAUAGCGAUUUGAACAAGAUGCCGGUGACAGUAGGACCGUAUGGACAGACGCAGCCCAGUUGCUUUGACAGAGUCAAGAUGGGCUUCAUGAUGGGUUUUGCCGUGGGCAUGGCUGCAGGUGCCAUGUUUGGAACGUUCUCCUGUCUCAGAGACUGUUUCAUUAUAUCCAGGAUCGGCAUGAGGGGUCGAGAGCUGAUGGGCGGAGUUGGGAAGACCAUGAUGCAAAGCGGUGGCACGUUUGGAACCUUCAUGGCUAUUGGGAUGGGUAUCCGCUGCUGAGAUCACACUAAUGCCACUUCUGAAAUUAUAGGACUUUGAACCAUUUCUAGAUUCAUCCAUUUGUUAUCACACCCACAUUCAAGGUCACAGGUGUCAAUAAAAACAGAUUACAUAAUUCUGUAAAUCUUGGGCUCAAUCUAAGAUAUAAUUAUGAGGACACUUUGAGGUCAACCCUCUGUCCUGCAGAAUAGGUUAAAGUCAGAUAUGUGGGAUUGACCUUUAACAGUGACCUUUUUACUGUCUAUGGAGGGCUGACAAUGAAAUGACCAUAGAGAAGAUAAAGAAGUGCUCUUUAAUUCUGGACGAAUCGAUGUUCUCAGCCAUUCUUUGAAAUGAUGAUUUAGGCAUGAAAAUAGAAAUUACAUGCACUUACCUUGAGGUGCUGCUACAUUAGUACCAUCUAAAGGGUUGAUAAUUCCCGGAUAGUCUUUGCCGAAUGAAAGAUGUUUGAUGAAAUGUGUCAUGUUGAUCUGCGUUUAUACCAAUAAAAAAAUUCUGUUAGUUCUAAUAUUUAGGGUAAUGGCAGAUCAAUCUUAUUAAAAAGAGAUGAAGCAACUCACAUUGUCCAGCCCAAAGCUCUGCAGAUCAUGAACUGAAAAUAAAAUAAUCAAUUAAGAACAUGAA